AUGAAAAAACAUAUUCAAAAAAAUUUUUAUUUAAAGGUAGUAAACUGGUUUAAUAAUUUACAUGCUGAUGCAAAAGAGAGAGCUCGAAAUCUUUUCAAAGGUGGAUGUAAUAAACUUUUAAAAAUAAGACAGGAGGGAUGUGGAUAUUUUGGCUCAUUAGACACUCAAAAAAUAAACGAGCUUAAAAUGUACAAUGACGUGACAACGUAUAACAAAAUAAAUCAGUUAAUUAAUCCGAUAGAAGAAAAAAUGGAACACAGAAAAAUUGCCAAUGAUUAUAAACAGACUUGUAAGGAACUUUUUGGUAUUGGAGAGGAAGAAGAAGAACGGAGAGGAAGACAUAGAAGAACCCCAAAGAAACGGGGAAAAAAUAACAACCGAAGAGAUCCGAGUAUUGGAUGGGAAGGAGAGGAUGAAGAACUAGGCAAUGAUUACAACACGAGGAUUUUUAAUGUUGAAGUAAACGAUAAUGGAGAAAAUGGAAAGGACAAUAAUAACAAUGAAUAUAUGGAUGAAAAUGAUGACCUUGAUCUUGGCCACGAACAGUUGAACGAACACAAUAGCUGGCUGAAUGCCAACCAGAAACGUAAUUUAAAACGAAUGCGUGAUCAAGGCCAUGAAAGUGUUGAGUUGCACGACCAAAUACAUAAAUAUUCCAAAUCGACGACUAACAAGCAAGUUAAGGUGAAGAAAUAUUAUUAUUGUAAGGGGAUACUAGAGACCGCACAGAGAAAGCCGUACGAGAAUCGAAGUAAAUUCGUCUCUCCCCGGUCUAUAAUAAAUACUGUAUUUUGA